AUUAGAUCUACGGAGUCUUCUUGCUCUACCUGGAAUGUGGCGGUUCGGCAGAGCAUUGAAGGUUGUCGAGUCUAACUUCGUCUGAUGAUGUUGCCCAAACAUUCAAGACGACGUGAGCAACGGCCAGCCCCUGAUCUUCACGCUACCCCUCUUCGAAGCAACAACGUUGAUAACGACUUGAAAAGAUGAGCCCCGCGUCAAGUGUUGCCAGGCUGGUAUACUUUUCCACUGUAGACAGACUUCAUCACAGAAAUCAUGUUCAUCUCGCUCUCCAUCUCGUUCCCGUGGGCCAUUUUGGUCACCGUGGCAUGGGCAUUUGGACAAGACGCCCCAAGCCCCGGCGGACCCAUCCCGGGCUACGGAAUCUUCAUCCCCCGAUGGGAAAUCCCUUCCCCCGACGGCAGCGGCAAGAUGCUUUCCCUCAGAGGCACGGUCGAAGAGGUGGCCGCUCAGGUCCUCGAUAUGCACCCGACCUUCGAUAUUGACGACCAGUUUGGCAAGAUUGCGAUGCCAGAUAUUGGGAAAAGAGCUACCUUUGAGGAUAAAGACCAGACGCUGUGUAACAAUUUCAGGGAGGCCAAUAGGACGGCCGCGCACCUCAGUAUCGAUUACCUGAGGACGAUUCAGGGGAAGCCUGAGAACGGGGCCGGGCCAGCAAAUUGCGGGCGGGUCAGUUGUCGGAAUGGCACGGGCAUCUGGUGGUGCAAUGACGCCAAAAGCUCCAAGCAGAUCGAUUCGUUUGGCGACAUUGCCGACGGCGUCCAGCGCGUCUUGUCAAAGUGUAGGGACAAGUUGGAUGCGAACCAAGGACAAGGCAUGACUGUCAGCGGGCAGGCUUUUCACAAGGACGAUUGGAAUGUGGUUGUCAGAGGCGGAGACAACUGUGACGAUGCAGGUGUCAAUAUGAAUCCCAAAGGCUCUCGGAGACUGUUCAAAGCGUAAGCAUCCUGAAUUUAGCCACGUGUGGUAGUAUUAGGAGCGAAUAACAUCUCCUGGUUGGAAGUAAGCACAUCCACGGCUAUGGUGUGCGGAGAGAUUGCGGAAACAGAGCGGUGAAGGUAAAC